AUGUGGUGUAAACAAAAGAUGAAAUUAAUUCACGUUAAUUGCACAGUUGCCAAGAUAAUGAGGAGACAUAUAAAUUAUUGGAGUCACUCAAUAUCACACAAAAAUAUUGCUAGGGAAGACUGUGCGAUGAGGAGGCAACAGCCUGUUCGUCGUUUUCAAAAUGGGUAUAAAAAAGAUUGUUAUGUAUUGCCUCAACUGCAAUCAUCCAAAUUAGAAGCGAUAAAUCAUCAGAGCAUCCCGCAGAAAAAAAUUCGCAUAGCCGUGUAUCUGAUGUCAGGAGUCCUGCUGACGAUGGAGGUCGAGAGAAGUAUAUCAGCCCAACAUAUUCUGUCAAUAGUGCAAACGGAGGCCGAGCUGGGGUUAUCACGAGCCCCCUCGGCAACCGGCCAGCCGGUGUUCGCAUUGUGGAUGUGUUCUUCCGAGCUGGAACUCCAGCUAAGACCGAGCCAUCGGCCUGUGGAACUUGCUGGCAGGUGGAACAAGCUCCUCAGCAAGUACGGUUCCAGGAGAGGACGCUCCGAGGAGGAACCGCUGCUCUACGUCCGAAGGAACGUUUUUCUGUCGAAGAAAGACGAAGAGCAGAUCAAAGAGCCCAAAGUUGUGGAGCUGUUGUAUCCAUGCGAAGGCCAGGCGAGGUACGCAAGCCUGGGGGCUUUGCAAGCGAGAAUAGAGCUUGGACCUUACAAUGCACAAACGCAUACAUUAGCGUACUUCAGGAAGCACAGAGCCAAGUUUUUACCGCAUCACUAUACAUCACCUAGUGUAUUGUUCGGGCUGGGGUUCGGUCUGGGUCUAGUCGGUGGAAAAGGCGCGCCAGAGGCCAGGCUGCUCGAGCAGUACAAGCGGAUACCCAACCACUCGGGGACUAACCCGAAUUCCCGCAAGCUUGUGAGAAAGUACUUGGAGUUUUGCUGGGGAUUGCCCAGCUACGGAGCUGCCUUUUUUCACGGUCAAAUUGAGCGACCAGUUCGUGGGCUCGCUUCCUGGAUCACCAACCGGGACCAGCCUGUUCUGGUGGCUAUCAAUACCUCCGGGGUCUACAUCGUUGAUGACUCGCAAUGUAGCUUGUUGCUGGGCUUGAAAUACUCGGAGCUGAGUUGGGAAAUGGCUAAGCCAUCGGACGAAAAUAAUCCAGACUGUUUGCCUUGUUUAUUUCUCCAGUUUCCGGUUAGGGAAAAUGGCACACGGGUGUAUAAAAUACUACAAGUAUUUUCUCGACAAGCAAUAAUGAUGGAUACUUUGAUAUCAGUAUUCGCCGAAGACAGUCGUUUGACGGACGAUAACGUCGACUCUGCCAAUCAAAAUCGUACAGAAGGUUCUGUGAUAACAAACACCGGUAGUUUUACAAAUAAACUCAGUAAAUUUACUCUAGCGACAUUCGACGAUCAAGGUCGUUGCAUUGGACAAAUGGGUUCGUGGUCUUUUCAAUGA